AUGAGGAGGACCUUUACGAAGCGUGCGAGUCUCGGCCAGCUUCACCGCAGCUCACUUGCGCACACCACGCCAACAACCACCACAAUAAUAAGCUCAACGGCCGCGGCAGGGAGAGCCCCCCACACCUGGACCCAGCAGCAGCAGCGGCAACAGCCUCGGCAGCGACCUUGCAUUGCCCCCAUCGUCAGCCGCGUCUACCCACAGCUGCUACCACAUCAUUACUACCACUCGAGCAGCACCCGGCGGCAGCGGCAGCAGGAGGAGGAGGAGAGUGCGAGUGCCCGCACGCCCUCGCAGCCCGAGGCAGUACCAGGGAACACCCCGGCGGCAGAGCACGGCAGCACCAUGGGAGGAUCAGGAGCGACAGGGGCCAGCGCUGGCAGGCCCCCGACGUCGAGCACGCAAGCCGCACCCGGGAGCACACCAGAUGGGCCCUCUGGGCCCGUGGCCAAUCAGGCGGCGCCAGGCGGCCCAGGCGCGCCGAAUGCGUCUGGGGCCGCAGCAGGGCACGCCGCAGAUCUUCGCGAGAGUGCGGGCGAGCGUGGAGAGGCUGCUGCAGGAGGACAUCAAGGAGCAAGGGCCGCAGGGGUUGCUGAGGGGGACGUGGGAGGAGACGGUGCUGGUGCUGGUGCUGGGGCUGGUGGCGGUGGCGGGGACCCAAAGGCGCUUCCGCCGCCGACGGAGGAUGGGAAUAACGUCCAGACCCUUGAGGUCGACGGGAAGCCCAUCAGCCUGGACCACUUGGGCCCACUGGUGGUUCACAAGGACGGCACCAUGUCCAGGAUCAGUAACUGGGGUGAGAUGACCGAGAUUGAGCGGAAAAACACACUGCGGAUCCUGGUGAAGAGGAACCAGGUCAGGUUGGGUGCUCUGAGGCAGGGAUUGAAGACAGAAAGUGAUGAGACCAAGUGA